GCAUUCUUUUUAUUCCAUGGUUUUUCACAGGGUUUUUCUACCAUUCUAACAACUAUUAUAUAUAUAUUGGUGGUUUAGCGUGUGAUAUAAUUUUGGAAUCUGUUUAAAGAUUAAGAAAAGGGUAUCAUGGGUUGAGUUUUUUUAAGAAUUUGAGACGUUUACUUUGAAAUUCUCCGAUCUUGCAUUUGAUUUUGCCGCUGAAUUUUGCAUAAUUUUGCUCAAAUUUGGUUAAAGAUUGCAUCUUUGGAGGAGGCUUGUGAAAAGUUUGUUCUUAUAAGACGGGAUUGCUCGGGUUAUUCUCAUUGAUGGUCUAGGAUUUUUUUGCUUUUAAAAGUAUGAAGGGUUGCUAAUAACUUUGUUAGAUAAGUACUGAUAUGAAAACGAAGAUAUGUUGCAGAAGAGGUUAAACAUUGUAUUUAAUGGUCAUGAGGUGCCUCCAGUUCCCCGAGCUGCCAGAUCACCCAGGAGGAGGUUACCUUGUAGGAAGAAAAUUGGUGACCAUCAAAUGUGUGCAUUCGACUUGUUGGCAACAGUUGCUGGCAAAUUGCUAGAGGGAGAAAGUACUCCUAGCGCGACUGAGUUAUUAAUUGGAGAAGAUGAAAGUUCCCUCGGAAAAGAUUUUCUCAAGACGGAAAAAGUGGCUGAAGAGAACCCUGAGCAAGUAAACCCGUCUCAUAAAGAAGACCGUGGCAGAAUAUUGUUUGUUUCUGAUACUAAUCCACAAGCACCUGAGGAAAGACAUGAUAUUAAGGGAGUGCCAAAUGUGCAGAAUGAUGCUUGUUCAGCAUUUGCAUCUGCCGUAACUACUCGUGAUGGCCCAGAGAUGUUUGGAUCUGCUUCCAAGUUGGUCAAUGAUGAAAGCAGGAUUAAAUAUGGGAACCUUUCUAAAGUAGACGUUGGUCAAUAUCAUAGUGCUACCUCUCUUUAUAGUUUAGAUGUUAAAAGUAAGAACUGUAUGAAAAUAGAACCACAAAUGAUUGGGAAAGAUCCCAGUAGUGCCGGGGAUGUUAUAUGUUUAGAAGAUUUGAUUGUCCAGAACGUGAAACCUCCUGUACAAGAUAAAUCUGACAAUAUUGACCAGCCAGCAGUCAAGCCUUCUGUUCUGCAUAGAAGUUCACAGAAAGCUCUGUUCAGGGAUCAAACUUCAUGUGGUUUCUUCCCUGGGUGUAGAAAUAAUGUAAAUUUAGUAGUUAGAGAUGAUGACGAAAACUCUUCUUGGUGCACUCCACCUAGAAAAAUAAACAAGGUCUUCUGGCCUCCAGCUCGAAAUGGUGACAGAAGAAUAAAAAGGUUACUAGCUUCCAGAUAUUGGAAAGCAACUUUAAAAUCGAGCAAACGCGAUUGCUAUAUUACUGGGCUGGAUACAAGAUAUGCCUAUCACAACAGGGUUAAGGAUUAUAAACGCCAAAGGUCUUUGAGGGACCAUCCUAUCAAAAAGAGGAAACUCUAUGAUCAUACCUUCACAACAAAUGCCUAUGAAAGGGUCAAUAAAAAUAAUGCAUCUUUUUCAUCUGGAAAGAGUUAUGGUGGUAAUGCUAGUUCUGUUGCAACCAUGCAUGAAGCAACUGGAACUUCAAGUUUUGCUGCAAGCCCACAGAAGUGUGCACAGACAAAUGAUUCUCACGUGAAGCUAAAGAUCAAGUCUUUCAGGGUUCCCGAACUAUUUUUUGAGAUUCCGGAGACCGCGACAGUUGGCUCUCUGAAGAGAACAGUCAUGGAAACAGUGACCUCUAUACUUGGUGGUGGACUUUGUGUUGGUGUUCUUGUAAAAGGGAAGAAGAUUAGAGAUGAUAACAAAACCCUAGUGCAGACUGGAAUAUAUAACGAUGACAGAGCUGAUGCUCUAGGUUUUACUCUGGAGCCCUUGUCUUCACAAGUACCUUCAGCUCAGUGUCUUGAAGAUCACACAUUUAUACCACCCGAAGAGUUAACUAGGUGUCCUCAUGCAUCAACUAUAGUCAAACAGGGGGAUUCUGAUGUUUUACCUGAAGUUUGCGCAACAAAAAUUUUCAAUUGUCUUGAGAGUGAUCAUGAUUCAGCACCCUCUCCUCCAGACAUGUCAAGAGACAAAUGCCAGAUAGAUUCAAGAGAUUUAAUUGCGAGUCCACAAAUUAGUGCGGAGGUACUAUCUGCUGUCCCCAUACAGAGUUCCAAGAAGUUAGACAUUGGUCAACGCAGAACUCGCAGACCAUUCUCUGUUUCUGAAGUGGAAGCAUUGGUACAUGCUGUUGAGAGGCUAGGAACCGGAAGAUGGCGUGAUGUCAAAAUGAGAGCUUUUGACAAUGCCAAGCACAGAACAUAUGUGGAUUUGAAGGACAAGUGGAAAACAUUGGUACACACAGCAAGAAUAUCUCCUCAGCAGAGGAGAGGAGAGCCUGUGCCUCAGGAACUCCUUGACAGAGUCAUGGCAGCUCAUGCCUUCUGGUCACAGCAGCAAACCAAGCAGCACUCUGAGGCCUCUCUCCUCUUUUGACAUCCUUUGCAUACUCAGCAACCUAACCAGGAUUCUAAUCUUAAAGACGAGUUGACAAUGUUCUUAUUCAUUUUAUGUAAAAUUCUUGACAAGGUAUCGGUACAUUAUUCAGUCUCUCUCGUGGGUAGAGGUCACUGCUUAUGAAUUCUUUUGUAUGACAAAGUUUGUCUUGCUUAACUUUGGGUUUCCCAAUUGUGGAUAUAAUUCCGAGGAGCUUUUGUUUA